GAAAAUCAUUGAAUAAAUGCGUUUCUUCGUCAAACAUUCACUAACUAAGAAGAACAAUAGAACUCUUGUAAUUUUUUUAUCUCAAUUUCCUAACAAGACGACCGUUUGACAAAUUCUUGUCUACUAAGUAUGAACACAAGUGAUGUCAUCUUAAUUACCGCUCAUAAUAAUAAUAAUUUUUAUCAAACAAAUACAUUAUCAACCAAAUCAUCAAUAGAUUACCAAUAUAUAGUAGCUAUUGCUUACGUAUUUGUUCAAACAACAAUUUGUUCCAUCGGUUUCAUAUUGAAUAUCAUUAAUUUUAGUGUAUUCAUAUGCAGGAAGUUUUCAGCGUCUGCUUACAUAUUAAUGACAGUUUUAUCGCUUGCUGAUGCGAUUACAUUAGGAGUCAGAAUACCUCAAGGUUGUAUUUUCCUUCCACAUUUGAACCAUCACGCAACAGAUGCAGCAAUCUACAUUUAUAUGUAUAGUAUAUAUGUUGAAACGCCAGUAUCAAAUAUGACAGAAAAUAUCAGUGCAUGGUUAACUGUAGUACUUGCCAUUGAACGUUAUGUGAGUAUGAAGCAUUGGUCUUUAUCAAAACGAUAUUUUACACGGAAAAGCACUCGUCAACUCAUCACAUCGAUAUGCAUAAUAGCAUUUAUUUUUAAUAUUCCAUAUUUUGCCAUUCAACGAGUAUCAUUGAAAUAUGUUGAUGGUGUAUUACAACUGCACAGUGAUUUAACUGAUUUUUCACGUUCAACUUACUAUGCAUUUUAUUCAUGGUUACGUAUUGUAUUUGUUCAAAUUAUUCCAUUAUGUUUCUUAUGUGUUUCAAAUUGUCUAUUGUUUAUACUUGUAUCACAACAUAAUCGUCGAUUUACAACUACUAAACAGAACAACAAUAUAUCUAGUCAAAAGAAAAAAUUAUCUAUAAAAACAUUUAAUCUAUCAAAAACACAUGAACAACAAAUUCAAAUUGAUGAAGCAUCACAAGAUAGUUGUACAGAUGCUAUCAAUUAUUUCGGUGAACAAAAAUUAAUUGUUGAAUCUAAUUUACAGUCAAUUCAAGAAAAUGAAAUUAUUGUUCCGGAAAAACUAAUUGACAAAACUGAUGUACAGCUAACUUCCAGAAAUCAUUUUCACGAUAAUACUACCACUAAUAAUAAUAAAACCAAACGACCCACAUUAAAAGAUCGUACAAGACAACGUCGACAAAAUGCCCAAACAAAAUUAACCAUCUUGUUAAUCGCUGUAAUUUUAUUAUUUUUAAUUGGUCAAGUACCACAAGCAUUAGCUUAUGUUCGAGUGUUCACUACACUUGGUGUAUGUUCCAUUGAUCAAAUACAAACAUGUGCAACUUAUCAUUUAUAUAGAAUGAUAACAAUUAAUUUAGCUCAAUUUGCAUUUGCAUCAACAUUUUUUCUGUAUUUAUUUCUUAAUAGAGAUUUUCGAGAAACACUUAGGUUCAUUUAUUGUCGUCUAUGUCAAAAAUGUUGUCAAAUUUCUGAAACUAAUCAAAAAUCAUUUAAAGAAAGAAAAUAUCUUAGUAAAUCACCUACUACGAACACCUCAAAAUAA